GUACAGCCAAAAUAUUUUCUUUAAAGUAUGUAUUUGAAAAUUGGCCAGAAGAGUGGGAAGAGGAAAGAGUUACUAGUGCACAGAUGCUCAAGUUAAUAUAUCAUGGCCGGUUUAUUCAUGGAAGUGUUACGCUAGGAGCGUUACAUCUACCUGCCGGCAACUCGACGGUUAUGCAUCUGGUAACGAGAGAAACACUGCCUGAGCCAAAUUCUAAUGAUAAUCUAAAGAAAUCUAAACGUGGUCGUUGUUGUCAUUGUACAAUUUGUUAAUUAAAAAUAGAAGAAAAAAUACAAAAAUAUCAUCAUCAAAAAAACAAAAAAAAUAUUUUUAUGACCUCGUUUUCUCCUCUCAUUUUGCAUCGAUUGACUUAAAAAAUGAACAGAAAAAAAUUUAUUUUUAUACCCGUCCUCUCUUUCCUUUUUUUUCGCCACUUAAAAAACACACACAAACAACCACACAACUCAUUUCCGGGUACACUUUUAUAUAUAUUUUCUUUUUUUUUUUAAAAAAAACACAUCUGUACAUUUACCAAAAAUUUUAUAUAAAAAAUGUGUAUUUUUUCGGUAGAUUAAUAUUGAGAUUGUUGGUGUGCGGGACAUAUCGGGAUUGGGGUGACAAAAAUAAUUUCUUGCGUGUUUACGUUUGUUCUAAAACAUAAAAACUCUAUCCCGGGCAAUAUACUAUUCAAGACCCAGUGGCCAUAGGUCCCGAAAUCAGUAGAGUAACUCUGUUCGUACAUUGAAAUAUCCCGAUAUGUCCGUCCCGAUAUGUCCGCGUGCCGGGAUUGUUAAGAUUGUCUCAGCCCAUUUAAGAUUGCUUCAGCCCCAAGUGUCUAUUUACAAUGGAGGUCUGACUUUAAUUAAUUUAAAAAUUAAACAAAAAAUGGUACUUAUUCGGUUUCC